AUGCGUGCCAAUUUAGCUCUGGCAUUGCUAGCCAGCUCUACUUUUGCGCAGGCCACGUUUCAGCUAUUCAAUUUCUCUAGCUACGUUGAUAUCGAAAAUAGCGCUCUUCGCCCCAAUGGUCAUCUUCUCCUCACUACCUUCGACCAAGGCCGCCUCUACACCCUUGACCCGUCUAGUCGCGCCCCUGAGGCUCAUCUAGUCGCCGCCCUCCCUGGAGCCACCGCUCUAUGUGGAAUAACAGCCAUUGACCAUGACAAAUUUGCGAUCGUUGGGGGUAUCAGAGGCAGCUACAGCUACACAAACGAGACUAUCUAUACUGUCGACUUUACCCGAGAUACUGUUAAGCCGAUCAUCCACACGGUCGCUCGAAUCCCUAAUGCUGCGAUGCUGAACGGCAUGGCUUCCCUACCAACCCAACCACACAUCGUUCUGAUCGCGGACUCGCGGCUUGGGUGUUUGUUUCGCAUCGAUACAAAAACGGGUAUAUCGAAAAUAGCCUUCAAGGACGAUUCUCUAGCUGCCCCCGCGAAUGCAAGCAUUCCAAUCGGUAUCAAUGGGUUAAAGGUCGCCCGAGGCUACGUGUACUUUACAAACACAGCACGGGGGACGUUCUCACGGGUCUCAGUCAGCGCGGAUGGUCUUGAUUUUGGCGAUGUGGAGCUAAUCGCUACUUUGAACAUGGACGCUACCGGUGGGGACUGGGAUGACUUCGCCUUGGAUACAGACGGCGUCGCGUAUGUUGCACAGCCUGAUAAUUCCAUCGCAAGAGUUGAGCCGGAUGGCCAACAGGCUAUUGUUGCAGGUGGAGGAGGGACCAAAGAUAUCAUCGGGCCUACUUCCGUUCAAAUUGGGAGAAAUGGAACAUUAUAUGUGACCACGCGCGGUGGAACUGUUGAUGGUAUCUCGUAUAGUGGUCAAGUAGUUGAGGUACAACUGGUUGGAGUUUAG